AACAAAGAAAAAUAUCUGAAUUCUUAUCAAAAAUAAAAAUUUGUAGAGAAAAUACAAAUUAGGCGUUAGGUGCACACGCGCCCCCUCAUUUGGCGUGUGGAGUAGUUAAGCCCUACGUCGUCGUUUACUUCUUCCUUCUGACAAAAAUUCCAACUUUUGUACAACUUCGCCAAUUCUCCUUCUCUCUACCGUCCUCACCUACUCCGAAUCCUCAAUCCCUCUUUUCUCUCUCUAAAGAUCCAAUUUUGCUCGAGGGUUUUUGAUUGUGUAGCGUUCCGGCCGUUAGCUCGUUAGUAUUUCGAAGGGCAUUACAUUUCUAGAAUGGAUUUUUUCUUUGGAAACUCGAAUGGGGGAUCUUCAAAUUUUGACCAGGACAUUUUUAGGUGUCCAUUUCUGAGGAACAUCAAUGCACCAACUAACUUCUCCUUCACAUCAUCAAUGGCUUUCCCUAUUCCUGCACGGGAUGGAAAGGGCCCCAUAUUUGAGGAUGGUCCCAAUUUUGAUAUGGCAUUUAGGCUCUUCCAUGGGCAAAAUGGUGUUGUUCCGCUUUCCGGCAGGGCAUUUCUUCCAACUCAGAAGUCUCAGUCCGAACCGUCACCAGCUCAAUUCAACCCCUUGGCAGCUAAAGCAGCCACCAUCAGCCUCUCCGGUUUUGGUGCAGGGGGGCCUUUUGGUUUCGAUGCUUUCUUCGAAAAGUGGGGGAAAGACAACAAGAAACCGAAACCUUCAAAAAAGGAAUCUUCUUCAAAGGGAGGGAAAUCAGGCCAUGAAGCAAUGAGCGAUGAUUGGUUGCAAAAGGGCAAUUGCCCCAUUGCAAAGUCCUAUCGGGCUGUGAGUAGUGUUCUUCCUCUUGUAGCAAAGGUCCUUCAGCCCCCUCCAGGCAUCAACUAUAGGUGCCCUCCUGCAAUUGUGGCCGCCAGGAGCGCUCUAGCAAAAACUGCCUUCGCCAAAAACCUGAGGCCGCAGCCCCUGCCUGCAAAAGUGCUUGUUAUCGGCCUUCUGGGAAUGGCAGCUAAUAUACCUCUAGGAAUAUGGAGGGAACACACUGAGAAAUUCUCGCCAUCAUGGUUCGUUGCUGUCCAUGCUGCUGUGCCGUUCAUAGGCAUGCUCAGGAAAUCUGUGCUGAUGCCGAAAGCAGCUAUGGCAUUCACUAUAGCAGCAUCUAUUCUAGGGCAGGUGAUUGGAUCUAGGGCGGAGAGGUAUCGGCUGAAGACAGCUGAUGCGAGGAAAUUGGAAUUCGCUGAAACUUCAAUCAUCGGGCAAAAGCAGGCGAUGGCUACUGGGAUGAAAGACGGGCUUUGCAGGGAAAAUGCUGAUUGGAGUUCGAAUUCUCUGCAAGUUCCUGUUGCCUCAUCCUCACCUGAGGUGUUCUGCUGAUCUGGUGGUAUUUUUUUACUGCUUUUCGUCGUUAUGUUGCAGUUCUACUCAUUUGCAACUGUGAGCUUCUAUUCUUGUUGUUUUUAUUUGCUACCAAAGACCUCCUGAAAAUUGGUGAAAUAAAUGUGAGAAUAAGAGUCCUUUGUACUAAUAUCAUUAACUGAGGCAUUUUUAUAUAUAAUCAUCUGUUGAUUGA